CCGCCGCGGCUCCCACGUCGGUGCUGCAGCCCCUUCCUGCUCCGAGGCUCGGCGCCGGAACCGGCCGUGGAAAUCGGCCCGCGGAGGCGGCGGCCGGGCCCCGGAGCUCUGUGUUCGCGGCCGUCCCGUGCGGCACCCGGUGCGGACCCAGCAUGUAGGUGCCCGGUGGCUGCCAUGAACCUGGAGACCAUGAGGAUCCACAGCAAAGCGCCUCUCCCCGGUGGCAUCCAGGACAAAAAUGAAAAGAACAAAGCAUCUUUGAAAUCCCUGAAAAAUGAUAAUAGACUGGAAAAGUCCAAAUAUAAGCCUCUUUGUGGAAAAAUAUUUUACCUUGACUUGCCUUCUAUCACCGUAUGUGAAAAACUCCAAAAAGACAUAAAGGAUCUUGGCGGGCGAGUUGAAGAAUUUCUCAGCAAAGAUAUCAGUUAUCUUGUUUCAAAUAAAAAGGAAGCAAAGUAUGCACAAACAUUGGGUCGAAAUUCUCCUGUACCAAGUCCAGAAUCUGCGUAUACUGCAGAAACCACCUCACCUCAUCCUAGCCAUGAUGGAAGUUCCUUUAAGUCUCCAGACAGAGUGUGUUUGAGCCGAGGAAAGUUCUUAGCUGAAAAAGCUGUCAAGGAUCAUGAUUUUAUUCCUGCUAAUAGUAUAUUAUCAAAUGCGUUAUCAUGGGGAGUAAAGAUUCUUCAUAUCGAUGACAUUAGGUACUACAUUGAACAGAAGAAGAAAGAGUUAUGUACACUCAAGAAAUCAAGUAAUUCUGUGAGGGAUACGGGAAAAAAAGCUUGUACUGGAAUACAGAAGGCAAGAACAGGGAGACUCAAAAAGCCUUUUUUAAAGGUUGAAGAUGUGAACCGGUCUUACAGGCCAUUUUACCUUCAGCUGACCAGUAUGCCUUCUAUAAACUACUCUACUCAGACACCUUGCAGUCCAUUUGAUGGAGAUAAGCCAUCUAACAUCCAAAAGCAAGCUCAGCCUAAAGUCAGAAUUACUACGGAUGGCGAUAAAUGUGGUGGAACCCCAGUUCAACUCCAGUUGAAGGAAAAGAGAAAAAAAGGAUAUUGUGAAUGUUGCUUACAGAAAUAUGAAGAUCUCGAAACUCACCUUCUGAGUGAGAAACACAGAAACUUUGCACAGAGUAACCAGUAUCAAGUUGUUGAUGAUAUUAUAUCUAAGUUAGUUUUUGAUUUUGUGGAAUAUGAAAGAGACACACCUAAAAAGAAAAGAAUAAAAUACAGCAUUGGAUCCCUUUCUUCUGUUUCUGCAAACGUCCUGAGAAACACUGAGCCAAAGGAGAAGCUACAGUUGGAGCCCAUUUUCCAGGACAUGGGAGAAAGUAAUGGGCAACUGCUCGAGCAGAAUUUUCAGUAUGAAGAAACCCAGGAACCUGAGCCCAGGCUUGUGUUUGCUUCAGAACCCAUGUCCUACUGUUCAGCUGGGUUGAAAAGAUGGGAUGAGAAAACAGUGAGCACAUUCAGUGCAAGUGAACCUGACCUAAAACAGAAUUGUCCACCACUACCUCCGUGUAAAAAUGAACAGCAGGAAGGAAUUCCUGAUGAUUCUGAACAUAAAUUAAUUAUUAAUAAAAAUGAUUCAAUAGAGAGGGGAGGUGAUUCUCUAGGUGUGCCACAGUCAUGUGUGCAAGUUUCUUGUCCCGGUUCAGAAAAUAGUACACCCCAACCAAAAUUAACUGCAGAUAUUACACAUUCUUCAUCAAAACGUCUACAGCAUGAUUCUGACCUGGUGACAUUAAAUACAUCAAAAGAGCACCUAAGAGUGAAGGCCAGAACUCCAUCCUGUAGUCCUGAGGAGCCUAAUGAAUAUGACACUGAGAAUGUGGAUAAUCUGCCUUGUGGUAGGAUCCAGCGGAAAGUGAGACUAUUGUUAGAGCGAAAGAAAAACAAUGUGGACCCAAGUGCUGAACUGGGUAAGAAAAGAGCUGAGUUUCCUCCUGCGUGUGAAGACAGGACUUGUGGGUCACCAGUACAGUCUCUCCUGGACCUCUUUCAGACAAGUGGAGAGAAAUCAGAAUUUUUAGGUUUUACAAGCUACACUGAAAACAGUGGAAUGUGUGAUGUUUUAGAUAUUUGGGAGGAAGAAAAUUCAAGUAGUUUGCUGUCAACAUUUUUCUCUUCCCCUUCAGCUUCUGCAUUUGUUGGAUUUUAGUAUUUAAUGUAUUUUUCAGAAGUGACAGUUAUAUUCCUGGAUUUUUUAUAAAUAUAUAUAAUUCUUAGGAAU